GCCAGGAGGAUGGGGAGGAGGAGGCUUGAGCCUCAGAGGCGGGGGGCUCUGAAAGGUCACCUCAUCCUCCUCCAGGAAGGCUUCCUGGCUUCAUGCUACCACGUCUUAGCUGGGACUCAGUUCUCCCAUCUUCCCCCUGGGGCAGGGAGUGCAGGGGUCAGGCUGGGCUUGCCCAUCAGGGCUAGCUGAUGAAGAGAGUGGGGUGGGGUGUGUGGCUAAGCCACCAGAUGGGGUGGGGGAUCCUGGCACCUCCCGCUGGUUCUGGCUCCCUUCCCCACCCAGGAAGCUAAGCUGCCAGUCCUGUCGGACUCGUCCUACCCGGGAGGGAUGGGCGCAGGCCCUGGGUCUCGCUCCAGUGUCCUCUCGAGCACGACCAGUACCAUGGACACCUGGCGGGUUCUGCCACUCUUCCUACUCUUGGCCUCCGGAGUAGGGAUCCCCGCCCUCAGAGCCUCCUCUGGACCUCAGCAAACCAAUUUCUCCUCUGCCUUCUCUUCGGACUCAGAAAACUCUUCCCAGGGGCUGGGUUCGGAAGUUCCCUCCAUCAAACCUCCCAACCUGAAGUUUCUGGAUCAGUCUUCCAGUUCAAAAGCCCCUGCUGGAAUCUCUGAUUCCGACUGGUUUCCUGAGACCCUGAAUUCCAACAAUGCGUCUGGGUCCUUCUGGUCAAAUAUUUAUGCUGAGGGUCAAGAUUUGAGCCCAGAUGCCAUUCCUGGUUCCGAAGUACUUCCUGAUACUUCAGAUCCUCAAGUUCCUGUCAAAGACCCCAAGCCUCCUUUCUCUGCUAAGACCCCAGCUUCAAACAUUUCUGCUCAAGUUCCCGAUACCACAGCGUCUGUUGAGGUCCCAGAUUCAAAAGAUCUUGAACUCUUUGACCACAGUCUGGAAUCGAAAGUUUCCGCAGAGACCCACCCAGCUGCAAGCUUCCCCCAGCAGGUGGGGGGGCCUCUUGCAGUGCUGGUGGGGACCACUAUCUGGCUCCCCCUGGUCCCAGUCCCCAGCCCUGGCCCUCCUGCCCCUCUGGUGGUCUGGCGCCGGGGCUCCAAGGUUCUGGCAGCUGGGGGCCUGGGGCCAGGGGCUCCUCUGAUCAGCGUGGACCCUGUUCACCGGGACCGCCUGCGGUUUGACCAGGCCAGAGGGGGUCUGGAACUUGCCUCUGCCCAGCUGGAUGAUGCCGGGGUCUACACGGCUGAGGUCAUCAGGGCAGGGGUCUCCCAGCAGACUCGGGAGUUCACAGUGGGUGUGUAUGAGCCCCUACCCCAGCUGUCGGUGCAGCCCAAGGCCCCCGAGACAGAGGAGGGGGCGGCUGAGCUCCGGCUGCGCUGCGUGGGGUGGGAGCCAAGUCGCGGGGUGCUGAGCUGGAGCCAGAACGGACGCGCCCUGGAGGCGACGGCCCCCGAGGGAGCUGAGCCGCCCCGGAUCCGCUCCGAGGGCGACCAGCUGCUCAUCGCGCGCCCUGUGCGCGGCGACCACGCCCGGUACACUUGCAGCGUCCGCAGCCCCUUCGGCCGCACGGAGGCUGCGGCGGACGUCAGGGUCUUCUAUGGCCCGGAUCCGCCGGUCAUCACGGUUUCCUCGGACCGCGACGCCACCCCUGCCCACUAUGUCACCGCGGGCAGCAACGUGACCCUGCGCUGCACCGCCGCCUCGCGGCCGCCCGCCGACAUCGCAUGGAGCCUGGCGGACCCGGCCGAGGCCGCGGUGCCCGCGGGGCCGCAGCUGCUGCUGCCCGCGGUCGGGCCGGGCCACGCCGGCGCCUACGCCUGCCUCGCCGCGAACCCGCGCACCGGCCGCCGCCGCCGCUCUCUGCUCAACCUCACGGUGGCCGAUCUGCCCCCCGGGUCCCCACAGUGCUCCGUGGAAGGGGGUCCCGGGGACCGCAGCCUCCGCUUCCGCUGCUCGUGGCCGGGCGGGGUCCCUGCCGCGUCCCUGCAGUUCCAGGGUCUCCCCGAAGGCGUCCGCGCGGGGCCGGUGCCCUCCGCGCUCCUGGCCGCCGUCCCGGUCCACCCCCGGCUCAGCGGCGUCCCCAUCACCUGCCUUGCUCGCCACCUGGUGGCCACGCGCACCUGCACCGUCACCCCGGAGGCCCCCCAAGAGGUGCUGCUACAUCCGCUGGUGGAGGACAGACAGUCGGGGGAGGCAGAGGUGGCACUGGAGGCCUCUGGUUGUCCCCCACCCUCACGAGCAUCCUGGGCCCGGGAAGGGCGGCCGCUGGCUCCAGGGGGUGGGAGUCGCCUGCAGCUCAGUCAAGAUGGGAGGAAGCUCCUCUUCGGCAACUUCAGCCUGGAUUGGGACUUGGGAAAUUACUCCGUGCUGUGCAGUGGGGCGCUGGGUGCUGGGGGCGACCAGAUCACCCUCAUUGGACCCUCCAUCUCCUCGUGGAGGCUUCAAAGAGCCCGGGAUGCAGCAGUGCUGACUUGGGAUGUGGAGCGAGGGGCCCUGAUCAGUGGUUUUGAGAUCCAAGCACGGCCAGAGGGGCCUGGCCCGGGCAGAACUCCUGCCUACAGGGACUGGGUCUCCCUGCUCACCCUGGGGCCCCAGGAGCGGUCAGCUGUGGUGCCUCUUCGACCACGGAACCCUGGGUCCUGGGUCUUGCGUAUCCUGCCCACCCUGGGUGGCCAGCCAGGGAUUCCAUCACAAAGCCGGAUCUACCGUGCUGGACCCACCCUGGGCCCCGGGGCCAUCGCUGGCAUCGUCCUGGGCUCCCUACUGGGCCUGGCACUGCUGGCAGCGCUUCUCCUCCUGUGCAUCUGCUGCCUGUGCCGCUUUCGGGGAAGGACUCCUCAGAAGAAGAAGCAUCCCCUCACUUUGGCCCCCGUGGUCACCCCACCAGAAAAGAAACAGCAGAGUGUGACCCCAGUGCAGAGCUCAUGGCCUCUGCCCUUCAAAGUCCCGCUGGGGGACCCUAGCCCAACCAAGCCCUACCAAGUGAGUGCCACAGGCCCCAGUCCAGUCGUCUCUUCAGGUGUGGGCACAAAAACUGUUCGGGCAGCCACGCAGGUGUGAUCAGAGCCAGUGUCCUACCAUGCACAGGCCGUUUUGGGGCAGAACUUCCUGUUUUGCCCCAGCAGAAGGCAGGGCCUGCUGUGACUGAGGAUUGGACCCUGAAAGUGGGACUUCCUGUCUCCCUGUCUCACCGCAGAAGACUUUACCUGUAUUUGUGCACCUAAGGAGAUGUGACUCUUGGACUAGGAGAGACUUCUGCUGAUCUGUGUGGUUUGCACAACCUCCGAGGCUUUGCGGCAGAUAGGCAAGGCUUGCCGUGUGGCUCCCAGCUGGAGAGGGAGCCUGGCCACGUUCUCUGGAAAGGUCCCUCUACAUUCCUUUUGCCUCCUCCAGGCCACACCCCAUCCAGCACCCAGCUUCUUCAACAUAAAACAGAUCAGAUCA